GCUCAUUACUCGUUCCAUUACAUCGAGUUAUGAAAAGAAUUUUUAAACGUACUUGGGGACGGUCGUGACAUUUUGUAUAUUUUAACUUCUUUUGAAAAACGUAAAAAUUUGAAAAUUCGCUUUAAAGUGAUAACGUAGUAAACGAGCAUUGUUUUUUGAUUACAAAUCACUAUUAAAUAAAAUUACUUCACAACUAAAUUUGUACAGAGAGAAACAAGACAAAGUAAAGUAAAGCUGAAGCAUUGAGAUAAAUUACAGCGAUAGGUAUCGUUGUAAACUACGAAAGAAGGGAAAGUGAGCAGUUAUUUAAUUGAGAAGAAAAAAAAAAUAAAACAAAAUGACAUCGCUGGAACCGAACGUGAAUCGCCUGCAGAAUUUCAAAAAUAAGGGCAAGGAUCAAGAUGAGAUGCGGCGUCGCCGCAAUGAAGUCACAGUGGAGCUGCGCAAAAAUAAACGCGAAGAGACGAUCCUGAAACGUCGCAAUGUUCCCAAUAUGGAUUCGAAUACAGACGAAGAUGAUCAGCUGCCGAAUACAAUCAACCUGAAGAAAUUGGCCGAAGCGGCUGCUGACUCAUCGAAACCGGAACAACAAUUGGCUGCCGUGCAGGCUGCACGUAAGCUCCUUUCUUCGGAUAAGAAUCCACCAAUUAACGACCUCAUCAAGAGUGACAUUCUGCCGAUUUUGGUUGAUUGUCUAAAACAACAUGAUCACACAAUGCUACAGUUCGAAGCAGCCUGGGCUUUGACCAAUAUUGCAUCCGGUACUUCGGAUCAGACCAAUCAGGUGGUUGCUGCUGGCGCAGUGCCGCUCUUCCUGCAGUUGCUCUCUUCGCCCGCUCCCAAUGUUUGCGAACAGGCCGUUUGGGCUUUGGGUAAUAUCAUCGGUGAUGGACCGGAGUUGCGCGAUUACGUAAUCAAACAUGGCGUUGUACAGCCACUGUUGUCGUUCAUUAAGCCAGACAUACCAAUUUCUUUUUUGCGGAAUGUUACAUGGGUUAUUGUGAAUUUGUGCCGCAAUAAGGAUCCACCACCACCAGCCGCCACCAUACACGACAUCCUGCCCGCACUAAAUGUGCUCAUCCAUCAUACGGACACCAAUAUACUUGUAGACACUGUUUGGGCAAUUAGUUAUCUAACCGAUGGUGGUAAUGAUCAAAUUCAAAUGGUGAUUGAAAGCGGUGUCGUACCCAAACUGAUACCAUUGCUGGGACAUGCGGAAGUUAAGGUGCAAACGGCUGCUCUACGUGCUGUCGGCAAUAUUGUGACCGGCUCAGAUGAGCAAACACAAGUGGUGCUCAACUAUGAUGCGUUGUCGUACUUCCCAGCAUUAUUGUCGCAUCAAAAGGAGAAAAUUCGUAAGGAAGCAGUAUGGUUCCUGUCAAAUAUUACGGCCGGUAAUCAGUCGCAAGUGCAGGCGGUCAUCAAUGUUGGUUUGCUGCCGAAAAUCAUUGAGAAUUUAAGCAAAGGCGAAUUCCAAACACAGAAGGAAGCUGCCUGGGCAAUCAGUAAUUUGACAAUUAGUGGUAAUCGCGAUCAGGUGUUCACAUUAAUCAAGGAGGGUGUUAUACCGCCCUUCUGUGAUUUGCUCUCCUGCCAGGACACACAAGUUAUCAAUGUUGUUCUUGACGGACUCAACAAUAUGCUCAAAAUGGCCGAAAAUCACGUACAGGAGGUGGCUAAUUUAAUUGAAGAAUGUGAUGGUCUCGAGAAGAUUGAAAAACUGCAAAAUCAUGAAAACGUCGAGAUUUACAAGUUGGCAUACGAAAUCAUUGAGCAAUACUUUUCGGAUGAGCCGGAACAAGCCAGCCUCGCACCCACCAACGACGGCACACAAUUCCAAUUUGACCCGAACGCUGAUAGCAAAUUACCAAUGAAUUCUUUUGACUUUUUGAAUUAGCACGGCUGCUGUGGAAACAAUAAAAUUUUAAACAUAAAGCUACUACCACCAACAACACGACCGCGACUAGCACCUUAAAAACCACCACCAACAACUCCAACAAAAAAUACUGUUGAGCCAUCAACCGCCAGCCAAUUGACGUAUCAAAUAUUGAAAACGACAACACCGGCAGCGACGGCCAAGUGUUGAACUGACUGACUGACAGCAAAGAUAAAUUUGCAAAACAAAAAAAAAUAUAAAAAAAUGUAGUAAAUAAAAAAAAAAAAACAAAAAAAUGUAUACACAGACAACAAAACAGGAAUAGUAGAGAAGUAACUCAACAAAGAAGUAGCAGCAGCAAAAGAAAGAUUAAGCAAAGGAGAACACAAGUGGCGACAGCGACAAAACAUCAAGAGAACUGCACUGCAUAAGCUGUUGUUAGCUAACAUCACACACACUUCAAAUCUAUUUACAUUGGAAACGCCACGAGCGUGUAGCGUGCAGCAGCGACAUCCGCAGAGAACAAUGACUAUGGAGCCACAGACAGGAAUUACACGUAUGAAUUCAAACUGCGACAAAAACAACAACAGAAAUAGAAAUUGUCAAGAAGUUCGCCAGUCCAAGUUGAUUAUAAUUAUAAUUAAUAUUAUAUGAAACGAAAUUAUAUACAUACAUAUAUAUGCCUAUAUAUACAUGAAAUAUUUUGAGUUUAAGGAUUGUAGAGAGAAAACGAAAUGAAAAAAAUCAACAACCACAAAAAGUCUACUGUCACAUCAACAUAAUUUUCAUCAUCACUACGUGCAUAAACUCCAAUCAACUUCAUUAUCAUGUUCACUAAAAUUCAAAUCAAAUCAAAUUCAUAUACAUACAACAGAUUUCUAUUAACAACAGGCGUCAAAACAUUAUCUGUAACCUCCCCGCGCGUGUUGGAGUUGAUGUGCAUUGCUGUUGCAGAAGUCACUUGUAAGGGAAAUUACAUAUUUAACAAACAUUAAAUACAUAGGUUUGACAAUAUUUUUUUUUAUGGAUUUAGAUUUUAUUUAGUUUCGAAUUCUCAAUCCUAAAAUGAAGACACAGUUUCAAAAUCUAUCACUAAACAAAACAAUGUUUCUAAAACUAAUCAAAAAUUAAUAAUACGCCUUUGGUAGCGCGCGUGCCGUGUCCACGAUUUUUUCUGUAUAUUAAAAAAUUGAAUUGAAAAAUCUUUGAAAUAUGAUAAACAUAUAUAUGUACAUAAAUACAAAUGUUUAACAUAGACUGUGUGUGGCCUUUAAGAUUUUUGAAUUAAUUUUCCGUAGCAACUGGCAGCAAAUUUCUACAACUGCGAUGCGUUUUGUACACAAUGUGUAGUAUGUCGGGGUUAGGAUGUUACGAAUUCAAUACAUUUCUAGCAUGCAAAUUGCCACAUUUUACUCUUUUUUUUAAUAUUGAUAUCAAAAUUAAAAUUACCAAAUUUCAAAUCUUCAAUAUGCAAAUACUCAUCUUAUUCAUCUUGUAAGAGAUGUUUACUCUUGAAUUUCUUCUUAAGUGUACAUGGUGUCCACUAACUGAAAAAUAUUCUGUAUAUUUGAAAAUUGCUGCUUUGCAUCAUUGUCAAGAUUUUGUUCAGAGAGUAAUUUUUUUCGGCGGUAUAUAAACUGUGAUAAGUUUCCAUUUUAAAUUUGUAUUUGAGGUAAAUUUUUCGGGGUUUUAGUGUUAAGAUACAUUCUAUCUAAAACAGAAGUUGGAAGUUGUCAAGUUUUCGCCUCAGCCUGCACAUCAACUCACAACGCAAACGCUCUCGUGUAUGUAGUAUGUAUACAACAUUUUCAGUACUCAAUCAUCAACUUUUGCACUUUUGCUGACUAAUAUUUUAUUGGAUUGAAAUCGCGCUCUCAAUUGUAAGAAGUAACAUCGCUCGUUUACCAUAAGACACAUAUUGAUUUACAUUCACUCCCGUUUUUUUUUUUUUUUAGUUGUGGCAGUUUUUUUUUAGAUUAAACGAGUGAUAUGUGUCUUAAUUUUUUUUGUAGAUUUUAACAUGCUAAAUUGCGCAUAUUCGAUAUUAGCCUUUUGUUAAAAUUGUAAAAAUUGUUCACACCAACACAGCUUCACUAUUGUUAUAAACGGCAUGUCCAUUUGAAUAUUCAACUAGCAGAUGUUUCUGAUUUCCAUCUCUUUGACUUUGGCAGUCUUGGGUCUUUCAGCUUCCUUCCCAUGAAGCUAGAGCUUUGCAGUAUUUUCAUCGCUGUACUAAAUGUUAAGUUUUCUACUUGUUUAAUUUUUUCAUAUCAUUUGUAAGAUCAUUGCAUCAUUUGUUGAAGUUUUUCCACUACAUUGUUGCAUAAUUAUCUUUGGUUAAACAUAGCACAUAUAUAUUUUUUUUAUACAUUUUCAUCGCUCUGUACAUUAUCGGGUCUGGCAUAUCCAAAGGGCUGUGGCCAUAUUUUCUUCCAAAAUACCCUACUCGUACGUAUGUAUAUCAAUCAAUCUCUCCUCCUGCACUAACUCUACGAAAAGAUACACUGCAACACAUUUCCAGCUGACUAUUUCUUUAUAAAUUUUUAUUUAAAGAAACCACGAAAUUAUUUUACUCAUCAACAUUUAUGCCUGAAUGAACUAAUUUUGAGUUUUCGUUCUCUAUGUUUUUAAAUAAUUCCAAAUUAAAGUACUGAAAAUCAGUGAAAUAUAAAACAAGUUUCUUAAAAAGCAACCUACUGAAGUUAAACAAUAAAUACCAAGCCAAAAAAAAAAAAU